GCCACAUGGAUCCGGCUUCUAUUUUUGAAGAUGCGCUCAAGGGUUUGGCUACCAAGGAUUCAAAUGAAUGCGCAACGCCUCGUUUACCGAAACUGGAACACAUCAUCGCACCGCAGCCGCUUAAGCAAUCUGCCCUCCCAGCUUCUGCAAAUAACAUUAUUACCCAUCCGAAGCGAAUUCCCUUGCUCACCGACUCUCCUUUACUGAUAGAUCCGCCAACUGCAACCGUACACUCUAAUCCCUCUACUGAUGCCACCGAAGAUCCGGGUGGUGAUAUUAUACUCAAUGCUUUGAUAAACGCAGGUAUCCCCCCGUCAUCCCUGAAGACUACGAGCAGUAUAGCUCCGGUCACUACUACUAAUGCACUGCGGCCCCUCUCACAUCCCACCACUCACCUGAAAGUGAUGAACUCUAAGGGAUCUGCGGUGUUGACCGUCUUCCCCAACACGAAACCUAAUCCGGAUCGGACCAGUCAGUUCAUCCGACGAUUCGGUAACAGUAAUGGGAUGGUUGCGCCGGAAUCGCCAAGGACGCCUAGUAUCAUCCGUAAAAGGUACCCGUCCUCCGGAACUCCGACAUUGCAGCCACCGUCUAAGAUCCGAAGAUCCGUUUACACCCCUCCACAUGCCGAACUGAACGGCGCGCGAGUAUCCGAUAGUCUCUUUCCCAGUAUAUCUACGGGUCCAAAAAGGCCGGAUGAUUGGCGUGAUGCAGCCAGACUGCAUAGAGGUGCAUCAUUCGUGCGUACGUACUCCAACUCCCACCAACCGGCACACAUAAUCAAGCCGUUUCAUAUGCUCAGACGAGACGAUGACCUUGAAGAGGACGAAGAUUUCGCGCAAGCCGAGACAUACGCGGAAUAUGUACCCAUGCGGAUGAAACUCGGUUGUAAGCACCCUGAUCCGGUGGUGGAGUCCAGUUCUUUGUCGAGCGUCUUGCCCCCCGAUGUGCAUUAUCGAUUGACACUGCCGCGAGAAGUGAUCGAUGGUGGCCAUCUAUCAUCCUUGCAGCUAGAGGCUGUUGUCUACGCUUGCCAGCGACACGAAUGCCUUCUUCCCAACGGACAACGUGCUGGUUUUCUCAUCGGUGAUGGGGCUGGUGUCGGAAAGGGGCGCACAAUUGCUGGGAUUCUGUACGAAAAUUACAUCCAGCAUCGGAAGAAGGCUAUCUGGUUAUCAGUUUCCAACGAUUUACGCGUGGACGCGGAGCGCGACUUACGGGAUGUGGGCUUCGGUAAAAUCAAGGUUCAUUCGUUAAAUAAGUUCAAAUAUGCGCGGAUAUCCGGAAAAGCGAAUGGACGUGUCAAGAAGGGAGUCAUUUUUUCAACGUACUCCUCUUUGAUCGGGGAAAGUCAGGGCAGUGCCAAAGCCAAGUAUAAAACGCGACUUAAGCAGCUGGUUCAUUGGUGUGGGAAAAGCUUUGACGGCGUCAUUGUCUUCGAUGAGUGUCAUCGGGCUAAAAACCUCACACCCAGCGGUUCACAGAAACCUACGAAAACUGGCCUGACGGUUCUGGAGUUGCAGAAUCGUCUACCAAAUGCACGAAUUGUCUACGCGAGUGCAACCGGUGCCACGGAACCGCGCAAUAUGGCCUAUAUGACUCGGUUGGGCUUGUGGGGCGAAGGUACACCGUUCAAAACCUUCAACGCAUUUAUCCAGUCCCUGGAACGUCGCGGCGUUGGAGCCAUGGAAUUGGUCGCGAUGGAUAUGAAGCUGCGAGGCAUGUACAUCGCUAGGCAGCUAAGUUUCCAGGGUGUCCAAUUCAAUAUCCGAGAGAUAACUAUCGAAGAUGUGCGCCUGAAGAACGAGAGCUUCGUCGACGUGUAUAAUCAGUGUGCUGACCUCUGGGUCUACGCGUAUCGAUUUUUCUCCGAAGCUACUCGUCUCAGUUGUCCCUCUGAUCGUUUCCGCAAAACAAUGUGGGGACAAUUUUGGUCGGCUCAUCAACGAUUUUUCAAGUAUCUGUGCAUUGCUGCCAAGCUGGACGCUUGUGUAGAGCUUACAAAAGCCAGCUUAAAGGACGGCAACUGUGUUGUCAUUGGUCUGCAGUCGACUGGUGAAGCCAAAACACUCGAGCAGGUGGAAGAGCUGGGAUCCGAUCUCGGCGAUUAUGUGUCUACCACAAAAGGAGUCUUUCAAUCACUCGUGGAAAAAUACUUUCCCAUUCCGAGCAACUUGGAAAAUUUCAGCUUGCGAGGCGAACGGUUGGCCACCAUGGGUGACCGGAACUCUUCGGCAACGCUUAGUCGAGCUGGUCGUGCUGUAGCCGGUGGACAGGGUAGUGGCCUCGGGUUGAAAGAUAUUUUGGGCGAAAAGAUGUUUGCGAAACUGGUGGCCGGUGGCAGUUUAUCCGGAUCGAAUGCGGACGAGGUGGAGUUGGAUAGACUGAAAUCCAUUGGGAAGAAUUCCGAUUCCGAUGCGGACAAUGAUGACGAUCGUUCAGAUGACUCUGGCGACGAGGAUGACUCCACAGAAAAUCUUUCCACUUGCAAAACCAACGGUCUUGGGCAUUCCUCGUCUUCGGAUUACUUUGACUCGGACUUGGAGUUGUACCCGAGUGGCACUUCCGAGCGGCGCCGUACUGCUGGUAAGAAGGCAGCUCCCAAAAAACGCGAACGAGGUGGUCCCUCUUCCAACGAACUGUCGGAUAAUUCCGACAGCGACUGGGAUCCAGAUGCGCUAUUUGACAGCUUUCUCGCUCGACAAGGCUCUUGGUCACGCGGCAUGACCGACCAGCGUUUUGACAAGACAAAGAAGCCGAGCUCCAGUUUGUUGGAUGACUUCGUUGGGGAAGAUUCUAUGCGUGAGCUAUCCCACAAGUACCUGUUCCGCAAGCGCACAUCUCAAGAUGGCCGUUCCAUAGGAUCGUCUCGUGAUCGCGUCCCUGAAAAUGUCUCCCCGGAUGAAGCCAGACGACAGUGCAGUGAAAUGCAGAGUCUGUUGUUGCGUUUUAUCGAGAAACUGGGGCCGAAAUUGCCCCCGAGUUCGCUGGAUGAACUAAUCGACAAAUUAGGGGGUCCGUCGUGUGUGGCUGAAAUGACUGGACGUAAGGGUCGUAUGGUUAUGGGCGACAAUGGCCGUGUUUCGUACGAGUCAAGACGUGAAUUCGAUGUCAGCCUGGAAAUUGUCAAUUUGACUGAGAAACAACGUUUUAUGGACGGGGAGAAACUGAUCGCGGUUAUCUCGGAGGCAGCGAGCAGUGGCAUCUCUUUACAGGCGGAUCGACGAGCCCUGAACCAGCGGCGUCGUGUCCACAUUACCCUCGAAUUACCGUGGAGCGCAGAUCGGGCGAUACAACAGUUUGGUCGCACACAUCGUUCGAAUCAAGUCAGCGCUCCGAAGUAUCUUUUCCUCAUAUCUGACCUGGCCGGGGAACAGCGUUUCGCCUCUACAGUUGCAAAACGUCUCGAGUCUCUGGGUGCAUUGACUCAUGGCGAUCGUCGUGCCACUGAUUCACGUGAUCUGUCCCAGUUCAACAUAGACACGAAAUUGGGACGCGAAGCGUUGGACAUCAUUAUGCGCUCCUGCAUUUAUGGGGAAGAGGGCAUCGUGGAGCCACCCAGCAAUUAUGCCAGUUACGAAACAAGUCUAAACGAUCUGAAACCUCCCACGCUACAGGAUGGUGCACGUAUGUUUUUUGUCGAUGCGAAAGCAAGCCUGCAAGGUGUUGGAUUGGCAACAGGCCACACGCGUGAACGAGAUGCGAAUCAGAUGUCAAAGUUCCUCAAUCGCAUGUUGGGGCUACGCGUGCACGUACAAAAUGCCAUAUUUCGCUACUUCUCCGACACCUUGGAGGAAUUGACUCGCCGAGCAAAGCGCGAUAACCGUUUGGAUUUGGGUAUUAUGGAUCUGGGCACAAGCGGACAGAAUUUGGAGAUUACGUGGACCAAAAGCUUCGACACCUGGUUCUUGUCGGAGUCGACCAAGGUGCACCUGCACAAAGUGACCGCCGAGCGCGGCCUCUCCUGGGCCGCGGCUAUGGAAAUUUACACGCAACACGAUGGUGUUCAUGAUGGAUUUUAUCUUCCAUCUGGUCUCACUACUAGCAAAGUUGUCAUACCUGUGCUGGCUGUCUACGUGAAAUCACGACCCGGGGCCCGUCUAUCUGGUGGGAAGAGUGACACAAAGUACUAUCGUAUUUACCGGCCAAACACGGGGAUGCAAGCCCGACCGUUGGAACUUGGAAAGCUGUUGGAACGAUACACCAGAGUGGCGAACCCGUCAGAGUGCCAGGACGCAUGGUACCACGUUUGUAAGGAGAGCGCCACUCGAUGUAUCCAUGUGAUGCAACACGGUAUCUGUCCUCGUGCCACCCAUCAGCGCACAAUUUGUGAGGUCGGUCUUCGCGUCCGCACCUACCACGUCCUCAGUGGCUCGGUUCUUAAUGUGUGGGCACAAAUUGAACCACUCAUCCAGAAUCGAUCAAACAUGGCUCGAUGCAUGCAAGUAGUACGUCUAAAAUCCAAAGAUGGUAGUCGUAUCAUCGGUUCCCUCAUACCACAGGAGUGUGUGGAUGAUGUUCUGCGUUGUCUGUCGUCACCUCCUGAGAUGUCCCAGUCGCACCAUGACGCGAGCGUUGAUCCACCGACAUCUGGACAGUCUGCUUGGCCGUCAAGGGGAGGGCAUACACAGCGACCGUUGAAGAAUAAUGGCGUAAACCACUCUGCGCUAUCCAGGGGUUGGUCCUGGCCUCGUCGACCCACCAGUGUACUCAAUCGUGGUACUCACGCGAGCGACCGCUCUGUUUUUCACUCAACCAGUGCAUCGUUUAGCAGUCCUCGAGCUCUUCAUCAUUCAAUUCGUUCACGGAUUCCUCAUGCCUCAGACCCUUUCGACCGCCCAUUUAAUGUGUUAAAUCAUCCGCCACCAUCACUUAUUCACCGUCGUGGUACCGCGCUCCACUCGCGAAUCGGAACUACUGCGACAGCUAGUCCAUUGGCCCGAAACUCUUUCAUUAAUGGACGCCCUGAACAGCCACUCGUGGGAUCUAUUCAUUCUCAACAGCGAAUUUCUGGCAACACAUCUGCGGCGUUUCGGUUGUUGCCUAGUUUACAGAGUUCUGCUCCAACCAACUCCACUUCUCCCCGAAUGGGUGGUGUUCCAGCUGCACGUCCUGGAAGCCGAUUGAAUGCGGCACUCUCCAUCCCAAUCGAUGUUCCGGAUUCAAGUUCCGUCGAGCCUCCAGCCCCAACGCCGUCUUCUGUCCAGCUUCAUCCUGCGUCUUUCAGCUCAUCGUCUCAGCCUCUUAUCUCAUCAUCGUCAUCCAUCUCAGCGGCUGUUGUAAGUCAUCCGCUUCCCGAACAAACAGGUCUCGUGACCUCAGCGCCCCUCGAAUCCGCCCCAACCACUGUGGUGAAGCGACCACCGAGUAAACUGACCAAAUUUAAGAUACAAUGGAAAGAAGGCUGACUCACUACUUGCUCACUUGGAAGACUUCAAACCGCUUCGUUCUGGCUCCACCACCGAUGUGACUUCGCUUGCGCAUUGUUGCCGACCUUUUUAGACAUGUGCCUUACUUCAUGUGAUCUGGUUCACCAGGAAACGUUUGUCUUUUGACGUGUUCCAUGGUUUCGCAACAUUUGCCACCUGUUUGCUUGGCUAGUCAACGAUUCAACCUGUAUUUUCUUACUGUUUUCAUUCUUUCACAGACGUCGUUCCCUUUACUCCCCACUCCCAGUCUUCGAACUCACACCGUGCACACUCCGCUACCUUACGUCCCUCUGAUUUUGUUGUACAUAGUUGGAGAAGAGAGACGUCGUCUUUCUCUAAGAACCCAUUGUACAGUGUUUCGCAUUUCCACACACACACACACGCAUGCACCUGACACUUCUGCGGGCAGCAGCGUUGUAGGGGUAACACUUGACUUGCAUUCAAGCUUGCUACUUGUGUCAUCCCCUUGCACCUUCAAUUACCUCAACACACAUCUUGUGGCACCCGCCCUGUCCCUGUAAAGUACCAGCGUUGUGAUUCGUUUUGGUUAGAUUUAUCUUGCUUAUGCAACACUAUUUCACUGAGUUCAUCUUUUGUUCUGC